AGCCCAGCUGGAGUAGAAUCACUUCCGCCAGCACUUUGCUGCUACGCAUGCACGCUGUAUGCAGUAAGGUGUGAGUGUCGUGCCGGGGCAGAGUGUGUAUACGGAACGUACGUUGGUAUAGAGGAAGGAGGAGAGGCAGCAGGAGACAUGUCUAUCUUCACCCCUACCAACCAAAUUCGCUUGACCAAUGUGGCGGUCGUGCGGAUGAAGAAGGGAGGGAAGAGGUUCGAGAUAGCCUGUUACAAGAACAAGGUUAUGAGCUGGCGCAGUGGAGCGGAGAAAGAUAUAGAUGAAGUCUUACAGACGCACUCUGUGUUCAUGAAUGUGUCCAAAGGUCAAGUAGCCAAGAAAGAGGAUCUGGUCAAAGCAUUUGGAACAGAGGAUCAGACAGAGAUCUGCAAGCAGAUUUUGUCAAAGGGGGAGCUUCAGGUAUCUGAAAAAGAGCGGAGUACACAACUAGAGCAAAUGUUUCGGGAUAUUGCAACCAUUGUGGCUGACAAAUGUGUUAAUCCAGAGACAAAGAGGCCAUAUACUGUGAACCUCAUUGAAAGAGCAAUGAAAGACAUCCAUUAUUCAGUUAAAGCUACAAAGAGCACAAAACAACAGGCCUUGGAUGUCAUAAAACAGCUUAAAGAAACCAUGCAGAUUGAGCGUGCUCACAUGAGGUUGAGGUUUAUCCUUCCUGCCAAGGAUGGUAAACGACUAAAGGAAAAGCUGAAACCAUUAAUUAAGCUUGUUGAAAGUGAAGAUUUUGACCAGGAACUGGAAAUUGUGUGCUUGAUUGAUCCAGGCUGCUUUCGGGAAAUUGAUGAGCUGAUACGAUGUGAGACCAAAGGAAAAGGCACCUUGGAAGUUCUGAGCUUGAAAGAUGUAGAAGAAGGAGAUGAGAAGCUAGAAUAA